AUGAGUAAGAGAAAGCAGGACCUCGGCGAAAAGGUCCCCAACAAUAAUCCCAAUACCGACGACGACAGCGGUGACGAUGAGCCCAAGGACUUUGACAUGCUCAACGUCGACUUUGAGUGGUUCGAUCCUCAACCGGAUUUUGACUACCAUGGCAUAAAGACGUUGCUACAGCAGUUGUUCGAUGUCGACGCUCAGAUGUUCGACUUGGUCGGGUUGACCGACUUGAUUUUGGCGCAGAAGACCCUGGGUUCAACUGUGAAGGUUGACGGAAACGAAACCGAUCCAUACGCGUUUCUUUCUGUCGUCAAUCUCCAAGAGCAUAAGGACAAACCCUUCGUAGGGAAACUUAUCCAAUACAUCCAAUCCAAAGCCAAGUCGAACCCUGAUCUUGCUCCUCUGGCGGACCUCCUAUCUCAACCUUCGAUACCUGCCAUCGGCCUGAUCCUGACAGAACGCCUAAUUAACGUUCCUUCCGAAGUCGUCCCGCCGAUGUACACGAUGCUGCUCGAAGAGAUAGAGUGGGCGCUCCAAGACGGGGAGCCAUACAAUUUCUCACAUUACCUCAUUCUCUCCAAGACCUACACCGAAGUUGCUUCAAAACUGGACGCAGAGGAAGACCGACCGAAAAAGAAGCAGAAAGCUGGCGGUUCUUUCGAGACUAUGUACUUCCAUCCCGAGGACGAAGUGCUGCAAAGGCAUGCCAUUUGCCACGGCGGGUACGAGUAUUCCAUCAAGCAAGACGAAGGGCAUUCGGAUUCGAAGCGAGCAUUCCAGGAGCUUGGAAUCAAACCGCAGGGACGCGCCAUUCUUAUCUCGGCCGAUAAGUUCAAGGGGGCUGUUCAAAACGUUGAAGAAUAUUUGAAGCCACAAUGA